UCUUCCUUCCCUAUAAUGUAAUCGCCCAGUUCGCGGCAAAAUCAAACCUGACUGACAACCAAGAUGGAGGACGGAGGCGGACGGGGAAGAGAGAAGUCCAACAAACGACCACAUUCCCCUGACGAUGAUGAUGUUGUGCUUGUGUCCUUCAAGAAAGAGAAGAAAAACCCUGAACCAUUGACAGGAUCAGGCACUGAGGAUGAUGUUGUCAUUGUGGAAGAAACACAAGAAGGAACAUCAGCCAAUGAUGGUAAUCCUCUUGGCAAGGAAGACUUUGUAGUGACCUACUUUAAGCCUUCUGACACCAUCAAGUAUCCACAUGCUCGAGAAGACUGCAUGGUUCACAAGUUCCAAAGUGGAACAAGCGUCUCCAAUGCUACUUUCUGUGACAGUUGCUACUGUUAUGUUUGUGAUAUUCCAGCCAAAGAGUGCCAACAGUGGACACAAGACAAACACUGCAAUGCCUACAGCAAAGACAACAGUUGGAAGUUGAAAAGAAAUAAGACCAUAGCAGCCAACUCCAGGGAGAAGGCUAGAAGGGCCUUUGCCUCACAUCCCAGUCUUAGGUCUUGCUUAUCACAGGAGGAGAGGGAGGGUGAGGGCAUGUCUUCUAUCCAUGAUUCUUCUUUGGAUGAAAUUCUUAAUCGCAUAGAGUCAACGUACCAGACCUAUAAGUCUGACGACUACGAAGCUGAGGAUCCGAAUGACUGCUAUUGUCACUGUCAUGAUAGAUGGGGGUAUCAGGAUUAUGGACCAUGCUAUGCUUGUGAGAACUAUCAUUAUGAGUGUGAAGCUGCCCUUUAUCAUGACUAUGACCCAGUAAGGAGAGCGUUGAGCAGUGCAGUGACUGCAGCUCGCACACACUGGCAAAACAAGAAGCCGGUUGAGGCACUGAUCACUCUGGAGGAAACCAUGCGUUCCCUUUGUCUGCAUCAGCCAUGCGACACGACACGAAACAGCUAUGCCUAUGGAGACAGCAGUGAUGGAGGCUUGGUCACCAGCAAACGUGCAGUCCUGCAGUCGAUAGAGGAGCUUCUUGUAGACAUGUUCAUAGACCGGAGUGGCAUUGUGCCAUCUUCACUGAGGGAGAAAGCCUUGAAAAACAUAAAGAGGAUUUUUGAGCUGGCACCUCGAGACAGUGGUAACAUCAGGCCAGACAUAGCCCUUGGAUUGAAAACCUGGGACGACCAGGACCUUCUGGCAGUGCUGAACGGCUCCUACAACUCUGCAGGUGGACAAGGUCAGCAGACAGCUACAGGUAGCAGCUGGAGAGGGAACAGCACAGCUGAGGUCAUCGUAGUAGAUGCAGUGAACAGCAGACACAGCAGCUUUACUGAGGACUACUUAGUGGUGAACAAGAGGCUCCAAGUUCUGGAGAAGGAGAAGAGGUGGCAGGAGGCAGCCAACUACAUCCAAAGGGUGAACAUUAGAUGCAACCAGUUUGGGAAUGGAAGUCUCCUGAAGAACAAGUUGCUGACCUAUCUGGCACAUUUGGGGAACUGGAAGGAGGUGCGCUCAGAGUUACUGAAGUCUGAGUCCCCCUCUAACCAUGCCAACCGGCCCAGACUGGCCAGGCUGGAUCCCACUGACUUCCUCACCAUCAUGAAGUGCUUCACAACUGGUCAAGAUAUAGAGAUGUUGGCAGCUUCUUCAGCCACUGCCCCUGCACCCAGUCUGGAUGUCAACAUUGAUGAAGUCUUCAGGAUUUAUCUGUAUGCCAUGACCAUGGAACAGAGCAACAGUCUCAAGUACAAUGAGAAGUGUGUUAGCUGGUUCAUAGCAUGGACAUGUCAGGAGGGCUUGCAGGAAAUUUUUUUGGAAGAAUUCCAGAGGUGUGUAAAGCUAACCAAGAGCUUAAUAGGAACAUCUUGUAACCGAGUAACAAAGUUGGAGCAAAACCCCCAACUGAACAAUAAGGUUGGAAGAGCUGUGAUGGCCACGUGCUGGCUGUCAGAUAACUGGUCCUCCCGGAACUACCUGCCUCCAAAUGAAAUCUCCACAGUCAUGGAUGGGUACAAGAACAACCUCUGGUUGGCUGUGUUUCUAUUGUUCAGACUGUGUGAGGUUCUGAAAGCUUCCUUCAGCCACAGUCUGUCAGCGACUUGCCACCAUGUGGCCAACUGGAUCUCAACCCAUGAAGGCUUUGACUUACAACGUGGAUCAACUGGCAAAAUUGUCUUUGGGAAAGUUCUCUCUCAGCUCCCUUUGGCAAAGGAGGUCUUGGAUAACUUCUUAGCAGCUGUGCUAAGUGGUAACAAAACACCUAAAGAAAAGGAAAGGACCGUCCUCCGAGUAAAGACAGCUGUCAGCAAACUAGCAAAUAGCAGGGAGCUCAUUGGUAAGGUCUUGGUGUACAUGGCUAAGGUGGGCAAAUGCACAGAAGUGCAGGAGGAGUUGAUGAAAGAAAAACAGGACGCCAAGUUCCGCCCAUUGAAAGCAGUCGCCCAGAUUGGCGAACAAGACUUCUUGGACAUCAUGAAAGCUCUGGUGGAAACUGGUGGGAAACUGUGGGGAGUUGAUCAAGGUACACAGUAUACAGAGAAUAAGAUUUUCGAGAUCUGCAUACAAGGGCUAGCUUGGAAUGAGAAGGUCCAACAGAGUCUGAGCUUCAUAACCUGGUUCCUGGGUUUGGUGUGUGCAGAGAAGAUGGACAAGCCAUGUGACUCACAAAUGAAGCCGUUCGAAGAUAUUGCCAAAAUCAUGAAGGCGAGUCCUGCAGUGAAGAUGACGUUGAGAAAGGAAUGCAAAGCAGUGGUAGCCUGUAUCCAUUCACUACCUGGUCUGAAGUCCAAGGGGUCCAGUUCACGGUUCAUGAGGACUGUUCUUGAUAUACUCAAGCAAAACAGGUGGUUGCUGACAUAUGUGUUGAAUCGCCCAGAUGGCCCAAGGGGCAGAGACGUGGCUGACUGGAUCUCUGAGAAUGGGACUGAGAUUCUCAACCAACUGACUGACGAUGCAACAAAAAGCCUGCUGUCCUCUAUGCAAAAAGAUGUUGCCUUCAGCAUCCUAAAAGGGUUGGUGAAAUCCUCAGGUAACAGAAGCCUUGAAGUGAAAAGAAGGAUUGUGCAGUUUUCUGAGUGCCUGCUCAACCAACUCAAAAAGCACGAGAGAAUGUCAAAUGAGAUCCUUGCGUACAUCAUUGCUACGGUUGACCCCAUUGCCAAGACGGUUGAUGGUCCUCUAGCCAAGACGUUUGUUCAGCAGCUGUAUCAGACAAACUUUGAGUUCUGCCCCACCAUGAAGAGUUUGGAGGAACUCAAGAAAGUCUGCAGCCCUGAAGAAUGGUUACGCAAGAGGGACUCCUGCCUUGUGUAUUACAUCAAUGACAUCACAGCUGUGCCCACGUGCCUGACGUGCAUUGACCUGCUGAUGAAGAGUGGCAGUGACUACAUCACCCAGCUCCUGUCCCGGCCAGUGGCCACACAAAUCUGCUCCAGUAAGGGUGACGAUUCCUUCAGCCCUGCCUCUUCUGAUGUCAUCAACAAGAUAGCAGCAGUAUUGAAGGAGCUCCCCAGUGCUGGAGCCACACUGUUCCUCCAGAAGGCUCAGAGCUGGCUUGUGGCUGAAAGCUGGAAGGGUCUGUUCUGUAGCGGAAGGUCUUGUAAAAAUAAGGUUCAGCCAUCCAUGGAUGUCCUGUGGAAGGUGAUAGCACAGAUUUCACCACAAGAUCUCGUUCUCAUCCUGAAAGAUGCUAUGGAGGGAGUCCAGAGAAGACUUAACAUCAUCAGUGUGAACCAGUUACUCCGGAGUGCGUACGUCAGCUGGCUGCUCCGUGUUAAGGACGCCUUCCAGCUCGCAGGCCAGCUGUAUCAGUUUGGCCAGAUUCUCAACACGUCCAUCCGCCUGCUACGAAGGAAGCAACAGCUCACCAGGGAAGUCACGACCAGUGGACUCCUUCACAACCUCCCAGACAAGGAGAAUCCUAAUGCCAAGAAGAAGGGGAAUGGGGCUAGCCCUAACCUGUCCAACGCCCUCCAAACCCUCAACAUUUCCAACACGGGUAAAAACUCGAACGACGCGGUAACCAUGCUGAUGAAAGAACUGAUAGCAGACAAGUCUUGCCCCGUGGCAGAUACACAUGGAGCCAAGCACCAACCCACCAGCGUAUCUGCUGAUGCAACCCCCAUGGAUUGGGCAGAUAAUGGCUCUGGUAAUUCGGUGAAGAAAGUCAGCAAACCCGUCUGCAGUUCAUCUAGUGUACAAGCUGCUGGGAAAUCGGAGAAGAAAUCUGGCUACCAAACACGAAGCAAAGACAAAAGUAAUGCCCAAACACGAUGCAAAGACAAAAGUAAAACCCAAGCACAAAGCAAAGACAAAAGUAAUGCAAAGACCUCUUCACCACCGUGCACAAAAGCCCCAGCCACAGUGUCAAACAGCAGCACUAUGGCUGCUUCUGUUGAACCUACCAAAGCUCCUGGCAAUGCUAGUCCUGGAGGAGACCAAAAUUCUGGAUCAACAGAGUUGGUGAACAUUGUGUCUAAGAUCUUAGAACUGACGAAGAGUACAGGAGUAGACGGAGCCUUUCAGCUCAUCAUAGGGAGGAUGACAGGGAAGGUGGCUUCCUCCUCACCACUGGCUGAAGAAAUCAUCUCCAAGCUCCUUAAACUGAAAGGACCCAUCAACCUCAAGAUAGGUAACAACAGACUGGUGAUCAACUCGCAACUGGCGUCUUCUACACCUGUGAUUCCGAACUUGCCACCUCCCCAGCCUGCCCAGACAAUGCCGGCUCCAAGAAGGGAGACAACUGUGCCCUACGCUGACCCAACCACUGCCAGCAUCUCCCAGUCAGCUCCACAGCACAGGUAUGGGACAACCGCUGGUCCAAACCUUGCCCCGCGCCCCAUUUUACCUCUACACGUAGCUCUGUCAACAUCUACAAGAUCUAUCACCACACAUGUACCAGGUGCCAUGCCACCUGUUUCUGGGUGCGUUGCCAUGCCAGGAACAGCUAUUGUGCCAGCUCAACCAUCCACUCUCCUUACACCAGUCACUAGUACAGUAUCCCAUCCUUCAUCCUCUACAGCCACCCCGAAAACUGGGCUGUCCAUUGCCAACAGCAACAGUAUGGUGGAUACUGCUGUCAAGCCAUCAACACAAGCACUAAGUACAACAUUCGCAGCUGAUAUUCUAAGGCAGAUCAUAUCGGAUAUUGACGCUGACAAGGGCACAGCUCCCAGGAUGGUCAGAAAACCAGGAGAGAUGCCAACUUCCAAGAUGUCAGCAUCAGGCAAUCUGACGUCUACAGCACCUAUAGAAGCAGCUACGGAAGAGCCUAUGGAAAUAGAGUAAAGUGGACAUAUUGCAUACAGGCCUACUGAAGUGUCAAUUGACUCCUAGAGUCAUUUUAAAAGGAUGGAUGGGAAGAAUGAUGAUGAGAACUUUGUGCCAUCUGCCACAUCUGUAACAGAAAAGCCUCUCCUUUGAGAUACUUACAUGUGUAUCAAACACAUUGUCAAGUAUUGUUGCUAGCGGUGUAUAGUUUACUGUUACAUGUACUUCAGAGGUGACCACUAUACAAAGUCAACCACUAAGGCCACAGCAAGCAAAUUUUAUGGAUGACAUCCUCCAC